AUGCUUGCCUACCGCCCAACGCACGACGCCCUCGCCGGUCUUGUGAGCCAGAUCACCAUGCUCUCGAGCGAUGCGCUCGAAGGCCUUUUGACCCUUGUCGCGCAGUACGAGCCAUCGCACGUUGCCAACUGCAGCUGCGACGAAGUCGAGCUCGACCUGGAGCGCCUCCAGCCGCUGACACUCAUGGCAGUCGCCCAGUACGUCACGGUCUGCCAACUGCGCUGAAAGGUCAGCAGCUCGUUGUUACACGGACGACAUGCAGACUCUACGCCAUCACACCAU